AUGUCCAACUCGUCCUCUCCAAAACAGGGCCCAAGGCCACGCCCGCUACACAUAUCCAGGUCCUUUACUCGUUUAGACCCAAAUCCCGAAUCUCUCCCGUCAUCUCCAUCACGCGCGAGAGCAAGCACCAUCCAGACCAUCCCGGAAGCAAAAGAUAUCUCCUCCUUCUCCCACGACGAUGUCUUUGAGUCUGUCGAAGAGGACAAGGCCGAAGAGCCUGCCAUCAAUGUUCCUCCUACAUUCGACCAACUUCCCAUCGAGAUCCGUAGCCUAAGCGAGCGCUUCCUCAAAUCUCUGUCCGCCAGAACCCACGCCAAUCCUCUGAACAUUGAUACCAUCUCCGAUCUAUUCCAAGAUUUCUACGAGCAAGCUGAAUCCCACAUCUCCACCCAUAUCCAAACCCUUUCCAUCCGUCUAUCCAGAGAAAAAUCCCCAUCUCGCUCUCCUGCCGCAAAAGCACUGGGAGGUGCUCUCAAGUCCAGGAAGCAAAGCAUCGAACAGAACACCUCUACAAAUGGUCAGGGCGAACAGCAGAUGCUGACCGCCUCCGAAGUUGCCGAUCGUCGCAAGGCUCGCAAGGACCUGGAAAUCAAGAGGCUUGCCUUGGAAGAAGCUGUUGAAAGAGCUGUGUGUGAAAAGGUCUACGACCGCAUAUAUAGACACAGAAGUGCCGACGAUGAAGAGAGAGAUGCAAAGCUCCGAUCGAGAACUGCUGCCUUGUCGCUGGUCGGCAUCGGCCUGAAAGAGCUACAUGUCGACAUUGAGCCUGCCAAGGGCAAUGGUCUACCCACUGAUGAGAAAGAGCUACACGAUGAGAUCUUCAAGCUGCUGGCCCCAGCUAGAGACCAUCUUCAACGCAUGGAUGACCAACGCUAUCCCCUAGGAAAACUGCAGAUGCUCACCGAGGCACACAAAAGCAUUGUUGAAACACUAUCUCGCAUAUUUCCUUCCACUUCAUCAGCAGAUGAAGUCCUCCCUACCCUCAUCUAUACUCUGAUGACUUCGCCUCCGGAAACAAUCAACGUCAUCAGCAACUUACACUUCAUCCAGCUUUUUCGUGCACGCGCAAAGGUUGAUGGUGAAGCUGCUUACUGUCUGGUCAACCUCGAGGCUGCCAUCUCGUUCCUUGAAACAGUCGAUUUAGCUUCUCUGCGGGCUGAUGAGGCUUCUCAAGGUGGUCUGAAACAAGAGACUCGCACUCAGAAACCCACAGACUUCGCACGUCCAUCUAGUCCCAAAUCACUUGCCCCUGGCCUGACAACAGCACCAGCAAUUUCUUCAGAUAUUAGUCCAGGGGACACUUCUCUUAAGCCACUUCCUUCUCAAGCUUCUCUCAGCAACCCACCGCGACCAGGAAUUACCCAGCGGCGCUUAUCAUCGCUGAUACAAGCACAGGCUGAACGCAUCGAAGCUGGUCGAGAUGAACUUAUGAACUCCGCUGACCAGGCCUUUGACGCCAUCAACUCGACUCUUGAAAACAGCUUCAAGUUUCUGUUUGGCCGUAUGAAAGAGCAAGGAGCCGGAGAUGAAGACUCGCCCAUUGUCAUGCCCCGGACUCUCGAAGACGCUCGUAAGCUGGUCAGUUCACCACCACUGGUACCCAUGGACAGCCAUCCGAGCUUUGCCGAGACGCUUUCCUCGAGUCCUCCGGGAGAACCUCUUUCAGCCCCUCGCGUCGACAACACUAUGCUGAAUCUUGUCGGUGGUCGUCUGCGCGAGCGCAGUGUAGACAGCAGUCGCAGUACAGGCAGCGGCAAGCGCGUCAACUUUGCGGAAAAGUCAAAUGCUGCCGCGCAACCCAACAACGCCAUCUCGUCCUCUCUGCCCACACAAUCGGCUGUCGAAUCCAUGGGCAACCUCAUGAACUCCAUCAACCCUCUAUCGCGUUUUGGUGGGUUUGGCAAGUUCGGUCGUUCAGGCAACGUACAAGCAGAAACUGACCUAGACGCCCUGGAGGCACUAGCACAAUUGAAAAAGGCAACACCCCCGAUCAAAAAGUUUAUGGAUGCGAAGAGUGCUUCAGAGUUGAGAAUCGGCGAUGUAGAAGAGUUGUUGAAGGAUUAUCAGCGAUUGGCUGCUUUGAUCAGAGAAACUAUCAAUUCGUAG